ACUGAAAGUGCUAAAAAAUUCACGUUUGCUCACUAAAAGUAUUUUAUUCUAUUCGUGGUCAUUGAAAGUGGUUAAACUUUUCACAUUUGGUCACUCUCCGUCAACCUCCGUUAACACCGUUAGCAUUUUGAUGACAUGGCUAACAGAAAUCCUGAUUCACUCAUUUUUAACUCGCCCCCUCAUAAAACUCGACCCGCCACAUCAGCAUAAUCCCCUACAUCAGACAACCCAACCCAACCCAAUACUUGGCCCUUCCGUCUUGACCCACGAAACCCAAAAAAAUCAAACCUUCAAUCCUCCUCCUUGCGUCUCCAAAUGCCUAACACCCUCAAUCCUCCAAUCCACGAAUCUCCAUCACACAAAACAAUCCCUUCCGCUCCAUCCACCGAUUCGGGGAAAGAUAAUGGUCAUCAAGUACGACGACACCGUCAUGAAAGACAUGAAGUUUAAGGUCAAUGUGGUGGAGAAGCCGAUGACUGAAUCGCGCGCUCCAGUUCUUGAGCAGGAGGUGGAGGAGAAGGCCGAGGAACCGAAGGAGGGAAGGAGCUCAUUGCGGCAGAAGCGAAAUUCUACCGAGGAUGGUUCAUUAGGGCUCGAAAAUAGUGAGUUCUCAAGCACUCGACUCUGAAAAUGGUGAGUUCCCAAAUCAGAGAUUUCUCUCUAGCUUUCCGAUGGUAACAUCUAAAUCCCAUUACCCCACUUUUUGGUUCAUUUCCGUUCAUUUCUGGUUUUUGUUUGUGUUGAAUGUUGGAUUUGGGAAAUUGGGUUGGUUCUUUCUCAUGAUUGAGAGAUGCCAGUCGAUCGCAGGGAAGAUUGAGUGACCACUCUAGGCGGCGCCGGUGUUUGCAAACAAAGUGAGAAGAACGGCGUCAAGACUCAAGGCUACGAUGGUGGAAGGCGGAAUGGCAGGCGGCGGUAGUGGUGGCUGGGAUCGGGUCGAGUCGCGUUGGGUUAGGGGUUGGAUUAGGUUGGUUUAUGCAGAGGGUCUGACGUGGCGGGUUAAAAAAGAGUGAAUCGACAU